AUGAGCAAGAGUAUUCAAGAGCUGAGGGAAGAGCUGGAAAGGAAAUCGAAAGAGACCUUGAAACUCCAGGAGAAUGCAAGCAAGGUCUCAGUGGACGCCGCCUCUCGCCAAGAAGGGGCUUCUUCUCCGGGCAGUGGGAUGCACUUGAGUCCUUCUACUCCGUUUACGGGCAGCCCGAAGCAAGGGACUUCAGGGAGACGCAGCACAACGUCGGAGGCCGUCUCCUGCUCCAGUGCCCCCAGCAGCCCCUCCAAGCACUUGUACUCCAAAUAUGAAGAAGACCUCGGGAGCUCCAGAAGGGGCAGUGGCGGCUCUGGGAAAAAGCACACGGAGAACAUCUUGGAAGAAUAUUCUCAGCAAGUUCGAGAGCUGCAGAAGAAGCUGAACGAAGCUACAGAGGUGCACGAGAAGCAGAAGUUCUCUUUACGGCAGACGGUCAUUGAGUUGCAGACAAGCCUUCGGGAGGUGCAGAGGGAGAAGGACUCCAUUUGUGACCUCAGACGAAAAGAAUCCCAAACCUCUCAGGAUAUGUGCAUGGAGCUGCGGGCGACAAUCAAAGAGCUGGAAACAGCCAAUCACCUUCAGGAGGAGAUGCUGAAGGAGGCCAAUAACCAAACGGAGCACCUGAAGACCAUGGUGCAGGCCCACGAGGAAGUGCUCCAACAGCUGCGGGAGAUCCUGGUCGAUUACGAGCAGCACUCCGGCAAGAAGGUCUGCGGAGCCGAGAGCGCCUCCAGCCUGCACAUCCGGAACCUGCCUACAGCUUUUCUAAAGAUGCUUCAAGACUUUGAAGCAGAGGUGAUGCACAUCAGAGAGAUGAUCGCCCCACUGGAAGAGCAGCUGGAACGGAUGAAGAAAGAGUCAGAUUCCAAAACCGAACUUCUGCUUCAGCAGCAUCAAGAAAGCGUCGAAAGAUUGAUAAGCGAACACGAAAUGGAGCUGGAGAUGCUGAACGAAAAAGCGGACACUUCCCACAGCCACAUGGUCAACAUCCAAAGCCAGCUGGAAAGCGUUCAAGAACAAGCGAGGAAGCAGAGUUCUCUGUACAUCCGGCAGAUCAGUCAGCUGGAAGACACAGUUUCUCAGCUGCAUUCGGAGCUUCGAGAAACAAGGAGGAUGUCUGAAGACAAGAUUGAGGAUCUAGAGAAGCAGCUGUUUUUGGCUCGUUCCGAGAUGUCCGAGGCUCAGAGCGAAAGAGACCAGUUCAGCCAGGAAAGCGGAAAUCUGGAUGAUCAGAUUCAACAGCUAACGGCCGAGCUGCACCGGACAGACACGGAGCUGAAGCUGGAGAAGGAGCAGAACAAGCGGCUCUGGGACCGCGACACGGGCAGCAGCAUCACCAUCGACCACCUGCGGAGAGAGCUGGACAACAAGAACAUGGAGCUGCAGCGCAUGGAGUCCCUCGUCAGCUCCGUGAAGAUGGAAUGCCAGCAGCAGAUGGAAAGGCAGAUGUCUGCGAUCAAAGAGAAAAACGAAAGCCUGGAGAAGGCGGCCAGCGUGAUCGCCCAGCAAGAGUCCACCAAGGAAACGCUCCAUAAGGUUUCCGAGGAGCUGUCGGAAAAGAAGAGGAGGCUGGAGUUGGCAGAGAGGCAAGUGGCAGAGCUGACAGCGUGCCUGAAAGAGAAAGAGAGGACGAUCGAUCAGAUCAACCGGGAAAUCCAAACUCUCCGGGCCCGGGUGGACAGCAAGGUGCAGGAGAUCCAACAGCUGAAGAGCGAAGACGACCAGCUCCGGAUCACGCAGGCCGACUGCGAGGCCCUCAGGCUGCAGGUGAAAGAGAAGGAGAGGGUGAUGGAGAUCUUGCAGAAGCAAAUUGACAACAUGACCCAAAUCAUGGGCCAGCACAGCCGGAAGGCUGGCGCCAUGGAGAUGGAAAACUCUCAGCUUCUGAAAGAACUCGGUGACAAAAAACAGGAGCUCCAAGCACUUAAGUUUUCUCAGGAGAAAAAAGACAACCGGAUUCAUGAACUAGAGGCCAGCCUGAGUUUGAUGGAACUGGAGAAGGUGAAACUGGUAAAUGUCAACACCGAGGUGACGCUAGAUCGGGACGAGCUGGUGGAGAAAGUGAAAUCUAGUCGACUUGAGCUCGCUGCACUCGAAGAGGAAAUGGAUGCAGUCAAGAGUGAUUACCGACUGAAAAAUGAAGAUCUGGAAACUUCUGUGAGCAAGCUGAGGAUCCAACUCAAGUCUGCCCAGAUUGAGCUGGAACAAACCAGAGCCACUUUAAGGACCAUGGAAGGAUCUGACGGCCACGCCAUGAAGGUCACCAUGGGAAUGCAGAAGCAAAUCACAGCCAAGAGAGGACAGAUCGAUGCUUUGCAGAGCAAGAUUAAGUUCUUGGAGGAGGCAAUGACCCACGCAACUAAGGAGAUGCACUGCCUGAAAGAAGAGAGGAACAAGCUGAGUCAGGAGCUGAGCUAUCGGUCCUCCUUAAACAACAAGCUGAUGGGGGAGCUGGAGCUUCUGAGGUCGCAAGAUAAACGUAUGAGGGAGAAGCUGGCUACCAUGGAGGCAGCCCUUGAUAAGGCCUCUGUGCAGUUUGCAGAAUGCCAGUGCCUCAUGCAGCGGCAGGAGCAAGAACUGAUGCGCUGCAAACUUCAGCACGCUUUGGAUGUGAAGGAGCUGCAGGGGUCUGGCUAUAAACCAGGCUCCAGUCCUGUGAAGCCGCGCCAUUCAGCCCUGCCUCACUCCAGCCACAUGCCUAUCAUGUCUUCCAGGCCCAUCUCAGCCAAGGCAGACCCCUUGUGUGAGUUGAAGAAGCUUCUCCAAGAGUUGCAGAACUCGAUUGACGAAGUCCCCUCUGCGAUGCUUCCCAGGAGAGAAAACGACAGCGACUUGCUGACGGGAGCGACGAGCAGUACUCUGGACGUCUCCUGCAGAGAUUUAGCUACUGGCGUCUCCGCAGGGCGAGAUACUUUCAGCAGGGAGCCUUCAUUGUUGUGUACGGCAGACCUUGAGGAUCCAGAUCCUACGCUCACUUUCCCACGCAGCGUGAGUCGUACGAUCUUCACUUCCACUCCUCGGUAUACCGCUUCGAAGAAAUGGCCCCCGGAGGAGAGGUUCAAAGAAAGGUCUCCUGCACGUACAUUGUUAACUGCUCCCCUGGAUGACCUAAGGGCCGAUUCCGGGCCCUCUUUGGAACGUCUCUCCUCUCUGAAGAAGAGCAGCUCCCCCGAAGCCUCCGCCUCCUGUAGAAGUACCUCCUUCACGGCCAGAGUGGCCACGCAGGCCGUGGAAGUCGGUGGAAGCGCAUGCCGGAAAUUGCAGAGCAAAAUGGAGAGUCUGCAAAACCUGCUGGAGAUGCUACAAUUGGAAAACCAAGCCAUGUCCUCCUCAGCGAUCAGAAGCCAGGAGAAGAAGACUGAGAAAGCGAAGGAGAAAGAGAAGAAGCUGUCCAAGUGA